GCCAGCGGGCAGGUACGAGGGACUGGCGCCUGCGCAGCCUGGGCCGUCCCAGCAUCCUCCAGCGCAAGAUGGCGCCGCGGGAGUCUCUACCGCAGGCUGUGUGAGGGAACGCCGAGCUCCUGCGUCCGCCGCCGGGUUCCAGCCGCGCGUUGCGCCACGAGGAAGCGGAGGCCGAGGCCGAGCCCGGGCGGGUGCGAUGGCCGCUGUGGCGGCCAAGCGGGAAGGGCCGCCGUUCAUCAGCGAGGCGGCUGUGCGGGGCAACGCCGCCGUCCUGGAUUACUGCCGGACCUCGGUGUCGGCGCUGUCGGGGGCCACGGCCGGCAUCCUCGGCCUCACCGGCCUCUACGGCUUCAUCUUCUACCUGCUCGCCUCCGUCCUGCUCUCCCUGCUCUUAAUUCUCAAGGCGGGAAGGAGGUGGAACAAGUAUUUUAAGUCGCGGAGACCCCUCUUUACGGGAGGCCUCAUCGGAGGCCUCUUCACCUACGUCCUGUUCUGGACAUUCCUCUACGGCAUGGUGCACGUCUACUGAAACGGGGGCAGGGAUGAGUUUUUAAAAAAAACAAAAACAAAAGACCGGAUUGUAAGGACUGUUGCCAGAAAUUAACACAGGGUAGACUUAACCUGGUUUUUAAAUUGUUGGAUUCGCUGCUUGUUCUGUAACGUUAGAAAUAAUUUAUAUCUGAAGACGAAGAGCCUGUACUGUUCUUCAGAUUAAAUGAAGCGUGAGACCCUU